GUGAGGUUAUAAUUUUGACGUUUGUUAUCAGCUGAUCAAAAUAUUUUGCUUAGUCGUUAUUUAUGAAGUGUUUAUGAACGUUUUGUUGAAUUUGAAUAAAGCCAUGGCGUCUGCUUUGUCGGAAAAAGUCAAGGAGAAGCGAAAUAGAGUUCUCUUGGGUACUUUACCGCACGAUUUUUUGCGUAUUAACGUGUCGGCUCAGCAGCAGCAAGAGGCUGCUGAUAGACAGGCGGCAAUCGCAUUGCAUCAGCAUUAUUUAGGGGCUCAACCCUAUGUCCCUAAUGCCGUAGGAAGGUUAAGUAUUACAGUUGUACAAGCUAAAUUGGCAAAGAAUUAUGGAAUGACCCGUAUGGAUCCUUAUGCGCGAAUCAGGGUUGGGCAUUACAUAAGCGAGACACCAACAGAUUCAAACGGAGGAAAGAAUCCUAGAUGGAAUAAAGUCAUUCACAGCUUACUUCCACAUGGUAUAAACACCAUGGCACUGGAAAUAUAUGAUGAAAGAUCCUUUACUGUCGAUGAAUUAAUCGCCUGGACUCAAAUAACAAUUCCACAGCAAGUUUUAGCCGGUGAUGCCCAUGAAGAUUGGUACCCUUUGACAGGAAAACAAGGUGAAGGAGUUGAGGGCAUGAUAAAUCUGGUUAUAAGCUAUUCACCUGCUGCACCAUAUAUGCCCCCCCAGCCUGUGAUGAUAGUGCCUAGGGUGGAUGGGGGGCACCCAAAACCAUUAAAGGUGUUUACUGGGCCCCCAGCAAAUCAACCAACCAUUCCUGUAUUGAGUGAAUCCGAGUUAAAACAGAUUGAAGAAAUGUUCCCAAACAUUGACAAGGAAGUCAUAAAAACAGUUUUUGAAGCAAAUCGCGGUAAUAAAGACGGUACAAUCAAUUCUUUACUGCAAAUGGCGGAGUAA